AUGGACUUCCCUUCCCUGCGACUUCCGAACGGCCAAGUCCACGACUCCAGCUCCCUCUGGGUUCUACUCUUCCCCCCUCCUGUCGCGCUGGCUGCCCUCUUUCCCGAUCUGGUUCUGCCUGCGAUGCGCCUGCGUCAUCCGUCUCUCCAUUGCCUGCGCGAUGCAUUUGCUUCUGCUACCGCCGCUACUCCUUCUACUUUCCAUGCUAACGGACGCGCGACCAGGUCCCCUCCGACUUCCAAACGGAUCAAGACUUCGGCCACCACCAGCGCCCCGCCGCAUCUCCUCGCCCAACAACAGAUCCAUCCCUUCCAUCGAGUUCCGACCUUUGAAGGCAUUCCUAUACCCACGGGUCCGAUCCCCCAUCAACAGCAGCAACAGCAGCAACAGCAGCAACAGCAACAGCAGCAGCAACAUCCGCAACAACAACAGCAGCAGCAACAACCCUCCUCAUCGCGCAAGCGUCCCUCAUCCCCGGCUGCGGGCUCCUCCACGAUGAUGGCGGCACCGAUGACAACGGCCGGUGGUGCGAUGGAGGGUGACCCAAACGUCCUCCAACCGCCGGUCGAGGCGACCCCCAAGAAGAAGGGUCGCACCAACACCCCAUGGACGGCCGAGGAGGAACAACGGCUCAAGACCAUGCGCGAUGCAGGUCGAAGUUGGAGUGAGAUCGCAAAGACCUUUCCGACGCGGACUGAGGGCAGUGUGAAGAAACACUGGUACAAGGAUAUGCACUACGCCGAGUUCGCCGAAGACGAGUCUAUAAAGCUCCGUGACGCAAUUAAGGAAUACGAGGCAAACAAGUGGAAGGUCAUCGGACAGAAAGUCGGCAAGCCGGCCAAGGCCUGCGAGCAGUAUGCCAAGGAGCACUUCAAAAAUCUUUGA